AUGGCUGCGCAUCGUGCGAAUACAAAGGUCAUCGUCGUUGGUGGAGGAGGGACGAUUGGUUCCUCGACGGCGCUGCAUCUUAUUAGGAGUGGCUAUACUCCCGCCCAUAUCACGGUAUUGGACACAUUUGAGAUACCAUCAGCUCAAUCCGCCGGCCAUGAUCUCAACAAGAUUAUGGGCGUGCGACUGCGCAAUAAGGUGGAUCUACAGAUGAGCCUGGAGGCUCGGAAGAUGUGGAAUGAGGAUGAUUUGUUCAAGCCCUUCUUUCACAACACCGGCAGAAUGGACUGUGAGCACACAUCAGAAGGUAUUGAAGGCCUUAAAAAGCAGUACUCGGCCCUCCGCGAUGCUGGUGCGGAUCUGGAAAAGACCCACGAGUGGUUGGACAACGAAGAUGAAAUCUUAGCUAAAAUGCCAUUGCUUCAACGUGACCAGAUACAGGGAUGGAAAGCGAUAUGGAGUCAGGAUGGCGGCUGGCUGGCUGCUGCGAAGGCCAUCAAUGCAAUCGGACAGUUCUUGAAAGAAAGCGGCGUACAAUUCGGGUUCGGCGGUGCUGGAUCUUUCAAACAACCCAUUCUCGAUGCCGAUGGCACAGCUUGCCACGGCGUUGAGACGGUAGAUGGAACGAAGUACUAUGCUGAUAAGGUGGUCCUAGCGGCUGGCGCAUGGAGCCCAACUCUGGUCGAUUUAGAAGAUCAAUGUUGUUCAAAGGCUUGGGUGUAUGCGCACAUUCAAUUGACGCCUGAGGAGGCCGCUGAGUAUAAGGGUGUCCCAGUUGUGUAUAAUGGCGAAGUUGGGUUCUUCUUCGAGCCUAAUGAAUUUGGUGUGAUAAAAGUAUGCGACGAGUUUCCAGGAUUUUCCCGUUUCAAGCAACAUCAACCCUAUGGUGCAUCGUCCCCAAAGCAAAUAUCAGUACCACGAUCACAUGCCAAGCAUCCCACCGAUACUUACCCAGACGCAUCUGAGCUGAGUAUCAGGAAGGCCAUCGCGACGUUUCUGCCUCGAUUUAAGGAAAAAGAGAUAUUCAAUCGCGCCUUGUGUUGGUGUACAGAUACGGCAGAUGCUGCUCUGUUGAUGUGUGAACACCCCAAAUGGAGAAACUUUAUUCUAGCAACCGGCGACAGUGGACACUCAUUCAAAAUUCUGCCCAAUGUCGGCAAGCAUGUAGUUGAACUGAUAGAAGGCAGGCUGCCUGAGGAGAUGGCCUGUCAGUGGAAGUGGCGUCCAGGAGGUGAUGCACUCAAGUCCAGACGUGCAGCACCGCCGAAAGAUCUUGCGGACAUGCCAGGAUGGAAGCAUGACCCGAAAUUGUAA